CGUUGAUUUUGCUUCUGGGUCGUGUUGGUUUAUGGAUUCUUGGUGGGGUUUCCUGUUCUUAAUUUCCGAAGGAAUUACUGUAUGUAUCUCAGAAUGGCUGUUGGCUCUUUUCAAGAUAACGUAGAGCUCCGUGAAGAUAGAUUCGUUUACGUUCUUGUGCGAGGACCCGUCAAACUUAAGCAUUGAUGUUGUGGGGAGGCAAUUGGGGAAUGGUCAAGUCAGACCCUCCUUUUACUAUUUAGAGUUUAGAAGCUAAGCAAGCAGUAUCCGUGAAGCCAAGGGAAUUUACAGUAUGUUAGCUUUCAAGCAACCCAUGUAUGCCUGUUACCUUGGCGGCCAGUAUAAAUAGUCUGCUGAAGUUCCAUAUCAAAUUGGGUUUUAUUUUCGUGUCGUCCCAGGCCUUCUUAUAUAGUCGAAGUGUGCAGAGUUUGUGCCUUGUCGUAUAGCUUAUAAAAAAGAUGCCUGAGAAAAUAACUGCUGAGGAUUUCUUAAACAACAUUGUGGAAACGCUCGCGGAGAAUGUCCCGAGGCAGAAAUCUGUUUCAUUCUUCGAGGAGGACAAAUCAAACUCUGUCACUUCCCAGUUUAACAGACUUUUUGGGCGCCAAAAACCCUUGCACAAUCUCCUAGGUGGUGGAAAAUCUGCGGAUGUACUAUUGUGGAGGAACAAGAAAAUCUCGGCAGUUGUCCUGGCUACUGCUACAGCUAUAUGGAUUCUCUUCGAAUGGCUCGACUAUCACUUUCUAACGUUCGUGGCUUUUGCCCUGAUCCUGGGCAUGCUCGCUCAGUUUCUGUGGUCGAAUGCUUCUGGCCUUUUGGGCAGGUCACCGUCCAGGCCCCCUCGCCUUGUUCUUCCAGAAGAGUUUUUUGUCAAUGCUGGCAAGUUGAUUGGUGUUGAAGUAAAUCGAGCUUUGAAGUUUCUUCAGAAUGUUGCAUCUGUUGGAAACUUGAAACAAUUCCUCGUGGUUGUGGGAGGACUUUGGGCUGCUGCAGUGAUCGGCAGCUGGUGCAAUUUCCUCACUGUUGUGUACAUCGGUUUCGUUGCUGCUCACACAUUGCCUGUUCUCUAUGAGCGCUACGAAGAUCAAGUGGAUGGAUUUGUUUGCCAGUUGGGCAAAAAGCUUCAGCAUCAUUACCGCAAGGUUGACUCCGGGUUCCUUAGCAAGAUCCCCAAGGGCAAGCUCAUUGCGAAGAAGUUCGAAUAAAAGUUCCUCAGUGGUAUGAAUUUCAAGACUUAUGUGUAAUUUCAUUAGCUGAUCAACCGGAACUGUAUAUCUGGGGCCAAGCUGUUAUCAUUGUAAAUCCGCAUAAAUGAAUGUUCCUUCCGUAUGGUAGGACUAGUAAAUCAAACCGGGUGGUCCUUUAGCAGUGUGAAGUUACUCUGGUAUGCGCAUCAAUUAGCAGUAACAUUGGCAACAUUGAUCCGGGUCCUAACCAGUACCAAUCUUGCUAUAUUUUCGUUCUCA